AUGGAAGAUUUUCAGAAAAUAACAGAAAGCGAAAAUCAGUUGAAGAAAACAAGUAAGGAAAAUGAUGAUGCUGCACAUGACGAUUUAGAAUUGGAUUUAGAUGAUGACAAUUUGGAUUUGGAUGAUCACGAUGACAAAGAUGAUGCUGAUACCAAUCAUGGAGCUCAUGACGAUGAUAUUGAUGAUGAUGAUGGCACUCCUGGAGCUAAUGAAGGUGGUGAUAAUGAUGUUGAUCACGAUGACAUUGCUGUUGUUGAUGAAGGUCAUGUCAAUGAAGUUGAUGUUGAUGACAACAACGAUGAUGCUGAUGACAGUCAUGAGACUAAUGAUGAUGAUGAUGAUGUCGAUAAUGAUCUAAAAGUGCAGAAUAAUGAAGAAACUGCGACAAAUAAACUGAAUCAAUUUGAACAUGCAUGUGCUGAUCAAGUAAACGACAAAACACCUUCUAAAAGUGCAUAA